AUGCGGGGCAGUAAGUUUCACGUUAAUCGCACAGUUGCCAACCUUGACAACUCUGACUUCCUUGAGAACGGAGACACGUCGGGCGUAAGCACGAACCUGCGGACGGCGAGCAAGGUGUACCUGGAGUUGAGGGGCAAGCUCUAUAAUGUACCGCGACCUCGGUUGGGAGCAGGUGAAGAAACGGGGUGGCUUCCAACAGGCGAGCCGAGGCGUGCGCCCGCGACUCCGCUGGUGGCGGUCCUGGGCCCUGGUGCAAGCUCUGCAGCUGUGCAAGUGCAGAACUUGCUGCAGCUGUUCUCCAUCCCACAGGUGAGGUGGUGCCCGCUGACCGGCCGUGGGCAGGUUCGUGGUCCCGUACUGAGCUCGCGCCUGUGCCAGGUGUCGUACUCGGCGACUGCGCGGGAGCUGUCAGACCGCGCCCGCUUCUCCACGUUCUUCCGCGUGGUGCCAUCCGACAAGCACCAGGCGAGGCUGCUCGUUGCUCUGCUCCGCGCCCACAACUGGACCUACGUACACGCGCUGCAUACUGACGAGAGCUACGGGCAGAGUGGCAUGGCGGCGUUCCGCGAGGAGGCGGCGCGUGGCGGUGUGUGUGUAGCCCGCGAGGUGGCGCUGCGCGCGGCGCCUACGCCCGCGGCGGUGGACGCGGCGCUGGCGCGACUAGCGCGCGGCCCGCAGGUCGCGGUCUGCUGGUGCGAGGGCCGCACGGCGCGUGCCUUGCUGGCGGGGCUGGCGCGCGGCCCGCGCCGCCGCUUGCGGCUGGUGGCCAGUGACGGCUGGGCGGACCGCCGCGAUGUAGUACAGGGCCUGGAGCACGCCGCCCUCCACUCACUCACGCUCCGGAUCCGCUCACCGUACCUCAACAACUUUGACCGGCACUACCUCGCACUCAAGCCACACAACAACUCAAGAAAUCCGUGGUUCCAGGAGUUUUGGGAGCAGAAGUUCAACUGCUCGCUGUCGGCGGCGGCGGCGGCGCGACGCUGUACAGGUGAUCAUUGUUGGGUUGCACACGAUACGGGGAGAUCGGAGGGUAGUGGUGCCGCAGGGCGCGAGUCCCUGGCCGCCAACUACACGCAGGAGCCGAAGCUGGCGCUGGUGGUGCGCGGCGUGUACGCGCUGGCGCACGCGCUGCACGGCAUGCGGCGCGCGGCGUGCGGGCGCGCCGGCCGCGGCCUGUGCGCCGCCAUGCUGCCCUUCAACGUGUCGCAGUACCGCCGGCACCUCGCGCGCGUGCGCUUCCGCGCGCCCGACGGCGGCCUCGUCGCCUUCGAUGACAGCGGCGACCCGCCGCCCGAGCUGAGCGAUUACGACGUCAUGAGCUUCGAGCGCAGCGGCGGCGCGUGGCGGUACGAGCGCGUGGGGCGCUGGCGGCGGGGCGUGCUGCAGCUGCGCGGGGGCGCGGGCGCAGCGCGGGGGCGCGCGCGCGGCGUGCUGGCGGCGUGCUCGGCACCGUGCGGCGCGGGCGAGUGGGCGCGCGUGGGCGCGGGGCGCGCGCGCUGCUGCUGGACCUGCGUGCCGUGCGCGCCGCUCGAGGUCACCCUGCCGCCGCCGGCGCCCGGCUGCCGGCUCUGUCCCCCCGGCCACCAUCCUGAUCGAGACCGCAUUGCAUGUUUGGCGUCGGGCGUGGAGUGGGGCGACGAGGGCCGCGGCACGCGCGCCGUGGCGGCGGCGGCGGGCGCGGCGGGGCUGGCCGCCGUGGCCACGUGCGCCGUCACGUUCUGGCGGCAUCGCGCCACGCCCGUCGUGAAGUCGGCGUCUCGCGAGCUGUGCGCGCUGUUGCUGUGCGCGGCGGCCGUGUGCCACGGCGCUGCGCUGGCGGCCGUGCUGCGGCCGGGGCCGGGCCCGUGCGCCGUCGUGCGCCUGGCAGCGCCCGCGCUCGGCGGCGUGUACGCGGCCGUGCUGGCGCGCACGGUGCGCGUCGCACGACUCGUGUCGGCGUGCGAGCGCCGCCCGGCGGCUCGCCCGCGCCUGCUAUCGUCGCGGGCCCAGCUGUGGACAUGGCUGGCGCUGACGGCUCCAGGCGCUUGUGUGGCAGUUUGGAGCGCUGUUACCUGGCCGGCCACACCGCAGCUGCUGCACCCGGGUCGCUCACGCUCAGUGUUAGUUUGCGGCGGGGAGCAGGCCCCGGCGCAGCUGAGUCCGCUGGCGCCGGCGCUGGCGCUGCUGGCGGCGUGCGUCGGCAUGGCGGUGCGCACCCGGCGCCUGCCGCACAACUUCAACGAGACGCGCUUCGUGGGCGCGGCGGCGUACGCGACGUGCGUCACGUGGCUGGCCUUCGUGCCGCUGUACGCGGUGAGCGCGGCGCGCACGGCGACGCUGUGUGCGUGCGUGUCGGUGUCGGCGGGCGCGUGUGUGGCGCUGUCGCUGGGCCCGCGCGUGUGGGUGUGUGCGUGCCGCCCCGCGCGCAACACUCGCGCACACUUCCUCACGGCCUCCAUCCGCUGCCACGUGGGCAAGUACCGCGCCGCGCUCGAGGCGGCGGGGGCGCGCGACGUGGCGUGCCAGGCGGAGGGGGGCGCGCACUGCCAGGCGGCCGCGGCCUGUGCGCGCGUGCUGCGCACCGAGGGGGAAGAGGGGGGCGGGGACACGGCCGACGUCGUGAUCGUGCUGCUGCAGCACCAGCACUGGCUGCCGGCCGGCAGCGCGCCCGCUGUGGCGGACCUCCUCGCAAUGUGA